AAUGACUCUUUGAGAGUAUACGGUAUCUAUUAGUUCUGUGAAGACACAAGAAGCAGAUUGACUCUCUCUCCCCUCUCCCUCUCUCUCCCUUCUUUGUAGCUCAUUUAUAAUAACAAACCAACUGGACACAAGUCAUCAUGGCUGAAGGUGGUAGAGAGAUGUUGUCUCCAUUAGAGGAGCAGUAUAUCAGGGAACAGGAAGCUGAAGUUGAUGCUGAUGAUCUUUUAGCGACUGAAAAGGACUUGGCAGCUCAAAGGCUGUGGCUUUCAUUUCAAGAAUCAGCAACUGCUGUAGCUCACCUCUUCAGAGACUGUCAGCAGAGAGCUGGGCUUUCUUCCUGGGUACCAUUCCAUGAAAGUGCAAGUGCAGUAACUCAACUUUAUAGAGAUUCUGCUGACGUGUGUAGACAGUGCAUUGAUUGCGGUGUGAGGUAUGGCUACAAGAAGAGAAGUAAAGAUGUCUUGUCUUGGGCUAAAAGGAAGAAGAGGUUUAUAAAACGUGAAGAGCUCAUUGCGUUCUUAAUGAACAAGACAGAAGAGACUUCCUCAGACCUUUCCCUAAUGGAGGAGACCAGUGAAUCUACCAGUGGAGGUAUCUCAGGCUCAGUGCCCAGCCCUACUAGGAGACGUCUGAUGUGUAGAGAAGAACUGCCUCCUCCUCUUCCUCUGUCUGACGGGAGUGAACAGCUCCCAGUGUCUCCUUUUAGUAAAGAACUCCCUAGGAAGAGACUCAAUUCAUUUAGUAUUGAUGGAUCAAAUCUAGUGGGUGGAGUCAGUCCUGGAGGAAAUGAGUUUGGAGGUCCAUUAACUAAAAGGAUUAAAUUCUAAUAAUACAGAGACAUUCUUCCUUAAGUUAUGAUUGUGUAUCCUUUUUCCUCUCCCUCCCUCUCUCUCUCUCUUUAUUGUUGACGAUUAACAUAAGAGGAGCAUUAUUAGUAUUCUCUUUUCUUUGGCACUUUUUCUGUAUGUAGCAUAAAAGUUAAAACUAUCUCAAUUGUUAUAAUAAUCAUUCUUUCAAUAAUAUCAUUUUAAUUUAA